AUGAAUAUUGAUAAAUAUGCUGUCAUACAUCGUGAACAAUUAGAAAAACUUAUUUAAUCUACUUAAUUCUAACCUCUACCCAAUCAACCAAUACUCACAUACUCUUAUAAAUUUAGGUAUCAACUUUUUAUAUUUUUUUAGAUACGAUCUCAAAAAAUAAGAUCAAACCAAAAGUAGGUUCUGUCCAGAUCCACUCAUUAGUAAAGAAUAUGAAAGAGUCCUUUAUGAAAAAUUUAAUGCUUAUUGA